GAUGGGAACGUGACACAAUAGGAUAUCACGGAGAUGAUGGAUAUUUAUAUUGUGAACGUGGUACCGGAAUAAAAUUUGGACCUCUUUAUACAACUGAUGAAACUGUUGGUUGUGGUAUUAAUUAUUAUGACAAAGAGAUUUUUUUUACAAAAAAUGGAAUCAAUCUAGGUACCGCAUGCAAAAAUAAAUUUGAUGGAGAAAUGAUCCCCAUGUGCGGUAUGGAAAGUUCAAAUGAAAGUGUGAUAGCGAAUUUUGGGGAAAAACCUUUUGUAUUUGACAUUGAAAAUUAUGCAAAA